AGCCCAAAUGGGGCUGGUGUUGUGAUACUUUUCUCGUCCCCUCCUCCUCCUCCUCCCUUGGCUCGUUGAACCAGGAAGUGAAGUGGGGGCCGCUGCAGCCUUAGGAGGAGGAAGCCCGGCCACCUGAGCCGCAGCAGCAGGAGGAGGAGGGUGGGGGGAAAGACCAAGACACACCUAUAGUAGCUACUUUUUCGGGACUUCGGGUGUGCUGUACUUUUGUGGCUCAUCGGAAGCUUUAGAAGGAAAGAGAGAGCCGAAUUCCUCGCGGCUGACACAAGAGUUUGCCACGGGCGAAGACCGUGUUUACAGCGAACACCUCUGCAACGGGGAGGCCAUGACGACGUUAACACACCGGGGACGGCGGGCGGAGGUCGGCCGGAACGCCGACAAGCGGCCGGAAGGCGAGGAGGACUCUCCGCUAGACACGGAGCUGGGGGACGGCGACGCCGGUGACUCCAAAGACAUCCGCCUGACCCUCAUGGAGGAGGUCCUUCUGCUGGGCUUGAAGGAUAAGGAGGCCCAAGAAGAGAUGGCCUGGAGAAUAGCAAAGAUGAUCGUCAACGACGUCAUGCAGCAGGCCCGGCCCGGCCCGGCUCUGGAACAGGUCACCAAGGUCCUCCUCAAAUCGGACGCCCCCACCGGAGACGUGCUGCUGGACGAGACGCUCCGCCACCUCAAAGCCACCGAGCCCGCCGAGACGGUGCAGACGUGGAUCGAGCUGCUGACGGGCGAAACCUGGAACCCCUUCAAGCUGCAGUACCAGCUGCGCAACGUGCGCGAGCGGAUCGCCAAGAACCUGGUGGAGAAGGGGAUCCUGACGACGGAGAAGCAGAACUUCCUCCUCUUCGACAUGACCACCCACCCGGUGACGAACACCACCGAGAAGCAGCGCCUGGUGAAGAAGCUCCAAGAGAGCGUCUUGGACCGGUGGGUCAACGACCCCCACCGCAUGGACAAGAGGACCUUGGCCCUGCUGGUGCUGGCCCACGCCUCCGACGUGCUGGAGAACGUCUUCACCAGCCUGGCCGACGAGAAGUACGACGUAGCGAUGAACAGGUCCAAGGACCUGCUGGACAGAGAGCCCGAGGUGGAAGCCGGCAAGACGGGCAGCGUGGAGAUGAUAUGGGCCGUGCUGGCCGCUUUCAACAAGUCUUAGAUCCCUCCCUUGAGCGGGCUUCCGCCUUUCCCCUCUAGGAAUCAGAUCUCUCGCUCUGUGGAAUCUUCCCAUGCUGCACAGCGACAGCCGUUGGGGACUACUUCCUGCCACGCCCACUUCCCCCCCAACUCCAGACAUUGGGUGUGGUGGGGAAUAUCCUCUGUUGGCAUGCCGAUACCUUCACCACCAUGUCCUCCAGUUCGGGGAUCGAUGGAUUCUAAGAAGGAGCGAAGAAAUCUACAUCAGUUUUCUCUCCUCUCCCCUCUGCCCCCCAGUCUCUUAAUUUUUCGUCCCCCUCCCAAAACUAAAUGAAGGCCCGUGUCUGAUCGAACUGGAUCAAGCCGCGUCUCUUAUUUUUUUAUUAUUUCGAACUCUCUUCUUUUUCGAUGUUUUUAGGACGGAAGGAAUCGUGGCGUGCGUUCUUUUGAUUGUUUUUGUUUCGUUUUUAAUUUCGCCUCCUGUUUCGGUCCUGUCUCGUUUUUGGGUCCGGGCGGCUCCGGUUCGGCUCCGCUCUUUCUCGUGUGUUCGUUUGCAAAAGAUCAUUACAGCACAA